AUGGAUCCAAUUGAUGUUGCUAAUUCGAAGGGUUUGAGUGAGUUUAUUCAAGAAUAUUUGCCCUCAAGUGAAGAAUGGAGCCUCUGGGUUCAUCCAGCCAACAAGACUCAAUACAAAAUCGCUCUAGAAGCAGCGCAAGGCCUAUCCGUUGCCGAUUUCGAAGCAUGUUUCCAUCUCAUCGAGUUCACCAGCGCUGAUGACUACAAAAAGUCACAAAACGGCUGGAAACCUGGCUCAAAAAAGAGGGAAAUGAAGCUCCUCGAUCUAAAGUAUCUCCUCAUCAAAAACGACAGGGACGCCGUCGAGGGUUUCAUGUCCUUCAUGCCAACAUACGAGGAUGAUUAUCCUGUCAUAUACUGCUACGAAAUCCACUUGUCCUCAGCCCUACAAGGGACAGGGCUUGGGACGACGCUGAUGCAGCUUCUCAGAACCUGCGCUGCGAGGAUUCCAGGAACGGAAAAGCUCAUGUUGACUUGCUUUACGAGUAAUCAAAGGGGAAUCAAAUUCUACGAGAAGAUGGGAUUCGUCAAAGAUGAGUUCUCACCGCCUCCCAAGGUCCUCCGCAACGGCACCCAAAUCGAGUCCGAGUACAUUAUCUUGAGCAAAGCCGUUUCGUCAAUGCACAAAGACAAUACAUGA